CAAAUAUCAUCAACUUUUAACUAUUAUAUUCAUUAAACUCAUUAAAAUGAUGUCAUUUUACUUAGAAUGCGUAAAUCGAUCAUACCGGUCAUACCGAUGGAGUCAUGCCGGUUUCAUGACCGGCACAGGUUGAACCAGGUUCAAUCGGGUGGCAUGACAAUCAUGCAGCAGCAGCAACCAGAUGUACCAGACCAGACCCCAUUUCCCCUUCCACUAAAUUGCUCCUCCAGCCUCUGUUUCUGCAACAAAAAAGGCAAAAAAAGAAAAUGAAAGCUUCCUCUUUCUUCCUCCUCUUGCUCGUUAUAUAUACUAUGUUUGGCAACAGGGGGUGCAAGUUCGAGGGGGGUACAAGUUGAGGGGUAAAUUGUUGGGGGGUGCAACUUGGUGGAGGGUGUAAGUGGAGGGGUAAAUUGUUGUUUGGAUGAAAAAGUAGGGGGUGCAAAUAGAGUAAAAAGUAAGUAAUUAUAUUAUUAUAAAAUAGAUUUAUCAAUUUAUAAAAUAUUAUCACAAACAUGAAAAUUCAAUAUAUAAUAAUAAAAAUAAUAAAUAAAAAUAAUUUUAAUAAAAAUAAUUAUUAUAUAAUAAUGCUCAAAUAUAAUUAUUUAUAACAACAAUAAUAAUUAUUGGUCGAGCAACCUCGAAACUCGAAAUCCAACUCGUAACUGGUCAUCCUAAGGGGGUUCUCGUGCCUAACUUUAAAUUGAAUAUGGUCAAACUUAGUCAAACACGUUCGAAUCUGUAAGUUUUAACUACUUAUUAAAGUAAAUCGAGUUAACUAAACUGUUCCUCUCUAUCUUUUCAACAAAUGCUUCUUAUCUCUAAUUUUCAAUGCAAAUUCGGGUCAACUAAGAGAUAUCGAGUUGACGAGGCGAACAUUGACAAACUUGCUCUCUGAGUCAAACGGUCAACCCCAAACAACUUCUACACUAAUAUAGAUAUAAGAAAAAUUAAUAAUAUUAAUUAUUAUGUAAUUAUAGUCUAAUUAAAAAUUCAUAAUUCCCCUCCUCCCCCUUCCCCCUCUCUUCCUUCCUUCCUUCCCUUGCACCCCAAUUUGGGGGUAAGCCGAAACAGUAAAUUUACGCUCACGUUUUGCACCCCCCUACUGUUACAAAAUAACCAAACGGGGGUAAACACCUUGGAACUUGUGUUUACCCCUCCAAACUUGCACCCCCUUUCAUUUACACCCCUUCCCAAACAUAGUGAUAAUGUUUUCUUCUAUUUUUUCUCUCUGUAGAGGCUGAGUUGUGUGGCUGUGGUGGUGGUGGUGGGGGAGUCUUAUUAUUUUCUGAGUUUCUCCAUUUGGGCAGGAGGUAAAAAUGACAGGCUAAUCAACAGCCUGGAAAGGGCUGUUGUCGUUAAGGUGCUAUGCUCCUGCGAUGGUUGCCCACUCACUCACUCCAUAUUUAUGCUUUUAAUUUAACGGUCUUCCUCUUCUCCCCCCUUCCUGGGUUUUCGGCCUUCCCUUUCUCCCCCAGCUCAACUCUCUGUCCUCUCCUUUCGCUUACUCCGUACAAUUCGAAAUGCCCACCAGGUGUUCGAUCUUUUGACUCAGAGAAGCUUCAAUUCCCUUGUAUCUUCAGCAGCUUCUUCACAUUUCUGCCCCUCUUCGAGGUAAGGGGUCUGCAUUCUUUGGAAGCAGAGGUUUUCCCUCUCUCGUACCAUUUCUAGAUUAUUUGUUGCUUCUAUGCCGUCUCCUACAGAGUUGUUUUGAGUUCUGUAGUAGGAGCCUAAAUUUUGUAGGGGGAUUUGUGUUUUGAGCUCGGAGAAAAUUUAGGCAUUCUUUAGUUCUUUUUGAGUUCCAAUUUUUGUGGGAUUGGUGAAGAUGAAGCUAGUAGAAGCUUCGUUUUCGAUAGUGCUAGUAAUUCUUUUGGUGGAGUUCAUUGGUUGGAAUGGAUCACUGGCUGCCUUCACUCCGCCUGAUAACUACUUGAUUGCUUGCGGUUCAACCAAAGAUGUCACUUUUCAAGGCAGAACUUUUGUUCCUGAUUCCGGGCAUCCCUCUCUCACAUUGAAGACUGGAACUUCCAGUGGUAGUAGUGUUGCUACCUCGAAUUCUAGCUUCCCAUCGCCGAUCUACCAGUCUGCUCGCAUCUUCUCCAGCGUGGCUACUUACAACUUCGACAUUCAGCAGCAGGGUCGGCAUUGGAUCCGCCUUUACUUCUACCCUAUUCCAGGCUCUGCCCAGAACUUGACAGCUGCAUCCAUCACCGUCGUCACAAAGGACUUUGUCCUGCUGCACAAUUUUGCAUUCAAGAACUACAACGGCACUUUCAUGUUCAAGGAGUAUGCAGUCAAUGUGACUUCAGACACUUUGACCCUUUCUUUCAUUCCUUCAAAUAACUCAGUGGCCUUUGUCAACGCCAUUGAAGUUGUUUCCAUCCCUGAUGUGGUUCUCCCUGACCAAGCUUGGACUCUAAACCCCUCCACCUCUGUUGAUGGCCUCUCUGAUCUGGCCUAUGAAACCGUUUAUCGGUUGAACAUGGGCGGCCCGUUGAUCACGUCUGAAAACGAUACUCUGGGGAGAGUUUGGGAGAAUGAUGCUGAGUAUCGUCAUGUCAACAACUCUGCUGUGGAUGUUUCAACCAAUCCUGCAUCCAUAAGAUACCCAGCUGCACUUAAACCCGAGACAGCUCCGAACAUGGUCUAUGCCACUGCGGUUGCCAUGGGAGAUCCAAGUGUGACUAAUGCCAACUUCAACAUGACUUGGGUUCUUCCAGUCAAUCCAAACUUCAGAUACUUGGUUCGAGUCCAUUUCUGUGACAUCAUCAGCAGAGCUCUGAACACUCUGGUGUUCAACCUUUAUGUAAAUGAUGAUCUCGCACAAGGCCUCGAUCUCUCAACGAUCACUGGUGGCUUGGGUGUACCAUACUACCGUGACUUCGUCUCCAACUCAUCGACAGAGUCACCGGAUACUUUGAUGGUCAGCGUUGGUCCUGAUACAGCGGCAGACAUCACCAAUGCAACCGUCAAUGGGCUGGAGAUAUUGAAGAUCAGCAACGAUGUCAAAAGCUUGGAUGGGGUUUCCUCAGUUGAGAGUCUCACUCCACAAUCCCAUUCCAAGAGCCAUAAGGUAGGAAUCAUAAUCGGUUCCACAGCUGGAGCAAUAGCUGCAUUCGCCAUACUCGGUCUCUGCUUCAUCUGCAUGAGAGCUGGCAAGAAGGACCCUCAUCAGCAACAGGGGGGACAUUCGUGGCUGCCUUUACCCUUAUACGGCAUCUCCCAGACCAUUACAAAAAUGUCAACAACUUCGCAAAAGAGUGCUUCAGCUAGCUGCAUCUCACUGGCUUCCACAAACCUCGGCCGAUUCUUCCCCUUCCAGGAAAUCAUGGAUUCGACCAACAAGUUCGACGAAACCCUCCUUCUCGGAGUUGGAGGGUUUGGCAGAGUCUACAAAGGAACCUUGGAAGAUGGCACUAACGUGGCAGUCAAGAGAGGCAACCCAAGGUCAGAACAAGGUCUCGCCGAAUUCAGAACCGAGAUCGAAAUGCUAUCCAAGCUCAGACAUCGACACUUGGUCUCUCUCAUUGGCUACUGCGACGAACGUUCUGAGAUGAUCCUCGUCUACGAGUACAUGGCCAACGGACCGCUGAGAAGCCAUUUGUACGGCACAAACUUGCCAUCCUUGUCCUGGAAGCAACGGCUAGAAAUCUGCAUUGGAGCUGCCAGAGGGCUACACUAUCUCCACACCGGCGCAACUCAGAGCAUCAUCCACAGGGACGUCAAGACGACCAACAUCCUCCUCGAUGAGAGCUUCGUGGCCAAAGUUGCCGACUUUGGCCUCUCCAAAACCGGUCCCUCCCUCGACCAAACCCACGUCAGCACAGCUGUGAAGGGCAGCUUCGGCUACCUCGAUCCCGAGUACUUCAGAAGGCAACAGCUGACUGAAAAAUCAGACGUAUACUCUUUCGGUGUGGUACUAAUGGAAGUCCUCUGCACUCGGCCUGCUCUAAACCCGGUUCUCCCAAGGGAUCAAGUGAACAUAGCCGAAUGGGCGAUGACAUGGCAGAAGAAGGGAAUGCUGGACCAGAUCAUGGACCAGAACCUGGUCGGGAAAGUGAACCCCGCGUCUCUGAAGAAGUUCGGCGAGACGGCAGAGAAGUGCCUGGCCGAGUACGGGGUUGAGAGGCCGUCCAUGGGAGACGUGCUGUGGAACCUUGAGUACGCAUUGCAGCUGGAGGAGACUUCUUCUGCGGCGGCGUUGAAUGAGGCGGAAGAUAACAGCACGAAUCAUAUACCGGGGAUCCCAUUGACGCCAUUGGAACAGUUUGACAACAGCGUGAGCAUGAUGAUCGACGGAGGUGGGAAUUCGGGGACGGACGACGACGGUGAAGAUGCCACGACCAGUGCUGUGUUCUCGCAGCUGGUUAACCCGCGCGGGAGAUGAGUAUACUUUGAAACCACAGUGAUUAGUGGGAGAUUUGUUGUAUUAUCAAUGUAUUUGCUUCUGUUACUUCUUCUUACUACACGAGGGAUUUGGAGGCGUAUAGAUGAGGAUGGUGGCUAAUUGUUCCAUCGCUAUCUGCUGGAAGAAAGUGUAUCAUAGAGCAUGAUUUUGUGAUCGUCGCUUACCAGACCAAAGGUUGGGUGUUUCAGCCCCAAUGUUACUUUUGUCUGAAGACAUUAGUGCCAGACAUUUGAGUGCAAAUAAGACAACCAUUCAUAGAUUGUCACGGCCUUGGAUUCGAGUUUUGCCAAUGUUUGAUCAGGGGACAUCAGUCGCUGGAUAAGGAUUUGGUUUGUCAUGAAAAGUAUUAUGCAGGAAACCUCUGCUUAAUUGAUUGUGUUUCAGGCUCUCCAAUCAAAGAUAAUAUUGAUGGAAGUGUUUGUUUUUGUUGUUGAGUGGACAAUUCUGGUAAGUCUGAGAAGUGUAAUGCUAUGAUAUGCAGAUAAAAGCAUCAUAUAACC